AGUGGAACAAUGCCACUUGCAGUUUAGUCUUUCUGUUAUGCACGUACCGAUCAGAUGUGAAUGUGAGAAACCCAGUCCGUUUGAGGCGAGAUUACAGGUUAACAGAAGAAGAAUUGUUUAGCCCGCAGCAUAGAAACUUCCAAAUUGCGUGGAAAUAUGGAUCCCGCGUCGAUUUACACAGUGGAUGCUUGUAAACCAGACGUCACAAGUGUACCAAUGGAUUCCAAGGCCAAAAGUUACACUUUUGAUGAAGUGAUCGAUGUGGUGAAUGGAAAAGGAUUUGGAAGAACCACUGUGCAUGUUUUCAUUGCAUCAUCUAUUGUUAUGAUGGCUGUGCUGAACGAAACUAUGGGCAUAGCGAUUGUUAUUCCCGCAGCCCAAUGCGACCUUAAUCUCUCAUCCACCGAUAAGGGAAUACUAACCGGAGUGAGUUUUGCAGGUAUCAUCGUAUCGUCUCACUUCUGGGGUUAUAUAGCUGACACGAAAGGUCGUCGAAGCACGCUCAUCGUGUCACUAUUGUUAACCGCUACCUGUGCGCUAGUGUCGGGUUUUUCCAUCAAUUUUACUAUGAUGGCAGUUAUGCGCUUCUUGGUCGGAGUGUUUGUUUCUGCACCAUCGGCCACUAUAUUCGCGUACCUGGGAGAGUUUUUUAAAACUACAAAACGAACCAUAGUGAUUACAUAUGCUAGCGUGGCGGUAGGGCUUUCAGGCGUCUUCACUGCAACCACUGGAUGGUACGUUCUCUCGUUCGACUGGGAGCUACCUUUACCAGGUGUAGCGUUUACUUUAAGACCGUGGCGAUUUCUGUUCAUCGUGUAUACGCUCCCCACAUUGAUUGGUGCAUGUUGGCUGAUAUUUUUGCCGGAAAGUCCGAAAUUCUAUCUUUCGCGAGAUAGAAAAUCCGAAGCAUUCGCUAUUCUACAACGUCUCUAUCUGGAGAACCACCCAAAUGCGACUGUCGAUGAUUUCUACAUACAACAUAUCGUACCUGAAGCCGGUCAAAAAAUACGGAGCAAAGAUGCCCGCUCGGCUGCAGGGUGCUGGCAUGUGGCUAGAAGUAUGUGGAAUCAAACUGUCCCACUAUUUCAUAAGUCAAACGUAGCCAAUUUCACUAUAUGCUGCGUGGUACAGUUUGGGUUGUUUGUCGUGUCGGCCGGCAUGGGACUCUGGUUUCCGGACAUCGUCAAUCGAAUAACCACCUCAAACACCACGGAUACAACGGUUUGUGAUGCCCUGAGUACGACCUUGAUCUAUAGCAACGCGACAGAGGAUCGCCUAGAGUCCACAAGCAUUAGUCUCAUUUGCAACGACAACGUUAAUGAACGUGUCUUCAUAUAUGCCAUGACGCUGGGUGGUUUGUAUACCGUGCUGUACCUGGCGAUGUCAGCUCUAAUGCAAAUGCUUGGCCGCAAAUGUGUGGUAGGGUUCAACCUGUUCUUCUCGGGGUUUUCCGGAAUUGUUCUGCAGUUUGUGAGCAAUCCCUAUGUUACGGUGGCGCUGUUUUGCUUUUUUCUUGUUUUUGCUGGAACAUCGAUCUCAAUCCUGAAUGGUGCUACUGUGUCUUUCUUUCCAACCAACGUACGAGCUAUGGCCGUCUGUUUAAGCCUGAUGAUGGGCCGUUUAGGCAGUGUUUUCGGAAGUAAUCUCGUUGGGCUAAUCAUGGAGCAGAACUGUACGCUCACUUUCUUUAUCUUCGCUAGCGGGUCCAUCGUCUGUGCUGUAUUGACAUUAAUUUUACCUAGUUAGUAUCGGCUUUCACCAUCUCCACAUGCCAACAGAUUUGAAGCUAUUGGUUUGAUAUCAAUCUGCUCAAUCGAUUCAAUUUAGUUUCGAUAGCACUGCAGUUCCAAAAUUGUUUCCAAAACGUACCGAUCGAUUAGCAAAAGAAUAUCGCUAUCCCCAAUGCUCGGUGAUAAAAAUGAACCCCACGGCCGGGUUGACACCAUCAAAAGGACACGAGAAGCACCGAGUAAAGAUCAAACAACCGGUUCAAAAAGGGUAUGAGAAUUGUUUUGGAUUGUUUCGCGCUGUACGGCAAGUGCUCUACUUACGCUCCCAUGGUACUCGACUUCCCGAGCGUCGCAUCGAAUGACGCUAACAACGCUUUUCCACACAUCGGCUCGUGUUAGGAGCAAAGGACACUUUCAGUGCGAUUUUUUAUUUUUGCAAGCGAUAGCGCUCUUUUAGGAAUGCCCAUUUCCGACAGCGUUCGUAAAAUACCCUUCGUGGAGUUAGAGUUAUCUUAAAAAAAAAAGUACUGUGUUGCAUAACUUCCACGCGGUGUAAUAAAUAUCAUGUAAGAUGAGCAUGUA